AUGGAUGACUGGAUAACCUGUCAAGAAGGGCACAAACACUUUGGUAGGUACAAUGCGGCGGGGGUACUCAUAUAUCAAAGGAAUCUGCAGACAGGCGACAUCGAAGUUCUCCUUGGUCAACGAGCGCAGGGCACUGACUUGCCUGGCACGUGGUCAACAAUAGGAGGGGCUCUGGAUAAGGAUGAGGAGCCCGAGGAUGGUGCGUUUCGUGAACUACUUGAAGAAACUGGACUGGAACGCACCCACUUUGGGAUCACCGCAUGGACAACCGCCGACCACGGUAACUGGCUUUAUUUUACAUUUUGCGUUGAGCAUAAAGGAGACCUCGAUUUGACGAAAAUUAAGCUUGACACGAACGAGAUCACGGCACUUGGGUGGUUCUCCCGCCAAGCACUGGAUGAUCCCAAGCUACCAUUACAUCCCGGAUUUAAGGACAACAUGCACGAGCUGAAAUUUCUGUUGCCCCCUAAUAUAAAUCCCACGACGUUAGAAUUUUCGGAGUGGUAA